GUAAUUCGACAAGCAUACACAUUUUGUAGCAAAACAUAAAUAGUGCUAUUAGUUAAACUUUAGAAUUAAAAGUCACAAACUGAUUUUGAAUGUAUCAUUUCCUACUUUGACAUAGGCAAAAUCAUCACUUGACCCAGGGUUCCAACUGAGUAGUUUUGCCACUGGUUAUUUAGAUUUUAUCGUAGCAUUAGGAUUAAAUAAUUUUAAAAGUUGAUAACCCUGGUUUGACAUCUAUGAAGCGUAUAACCUAAAAAUAAAAAAUAUAAAUCGAAAAAUUUUUUUUUUACAAAAAAAUUGACUACAUCAGGAAUGGAAAUAUUCGUGUUAUUUACGUUAUAGGAAUAUCAUAUAAUUCAAAAUAAAUAUUGGUUCAUUUUGAUCCAUUUGUAGUAAUAAAUAAAUACGGGUAAAGAAGAGAUUCGGGCAAUGUAAAUAACAAUGUUUAUGUGAUAGACACAGUGCAUUCGAUUUUCAUUAGGAGUGGUGUUUGUUUGUAAUAAUAACUAAAAAUAAGUAUAUCGUAAUACCAACCACAUAUUUUAGCAGAGUAUUCGGAACUACAAAGUGGUUGUUCAUUUAAUAGAGGAACUGAAGAUAUUCAUCAAUUAUGAAGGAAAAGAAACACAAAAGAGAAAAAUCUCAUAAGUCCAAAAAACAUAAGUCCAAGAAAGCGGAAUAUAGACCAAAAAGUCCUUCCAGUUCAGAUAGCUCUGAUUCGGAUAAAUGGGUUGAAAAAGAUACAUCACAAAAGCAAGAUGUUAAACCGAGAGAUGAAUGGAUGGCAAUGACUGGCAUGUUAAAAACCUAUACUAAAGAAGAUAUAAAGCCCAAACGCACUGAAAAAGACAAAAAACAUAUUGACUCCUACAAUCCGGGGACAAGCAGUAGGGAACUCAAUCCUUACUGGAAAGAUGGAGGUACAGGACUCCCAUUAACAUCAGAUGCAUUUUCUAAAACAAGAGAUUUCAUUAAACCAGUUGAUGAAGAUGAUUAUUAUACAAAAACCUCAAGGAGUUAUCGAAAAGAUGUUGAUUACACAUCUCAAUGUGCCAGCAGUUCUAGUAAAUCUGAUCAAAGUUGGAAAAGUAGCAGAUUUAGAGAAAAUAGUUACUCAGACCAAACCAGAAGGUCAUCUAACUGGAGGAAAAAUGAUGAAAAAAAUAAAGGGCAUACUGAAACAAGCCCAAGAGUUUACAAACAAGAAGAGGAAAAACAAAUUUUCAAAAACACUGACACACCAACUACUACAGAGUUUUAUGACAACCCUGAGCCCAAAGAAAAAGAAUCAAAAUAUCUUACUGAUGAUAAAAUGAAUAAGUUAGCAGCAAAAAUUGUAAAGGCUGAAAUUAUGGGUAAUAAAAUACUUGCUGAUGAAUUAAAAUCAAAAUUAGAAGCAGCAAGGGAAUAUAGAAAACAAAAUCCUAAUAUUGAUAAAGAGGAUGUUGAUGAUGGUGUAAUGCUUAUGACAACAAACAGUGUGGGUAACAGCAGACCACUUACAAAAGUCGAAAAAGGAGACCCAAGGAGCAAAGGUGGAAAAAGAAAGGCUGAAACACAUGUUUCUGGUGAAAGAGCUAAAUAUUUUGGUAAUGAUGACAAAUACAACUUGGCACAAAUGUUUCAAGAAGAAAAGUAUGGAAGUAACUACAAUAAUGAAGCUGAAUUGGCUAAAAUCACAAGCAAACAUAAAAAUCCUAAUGAUGAUCUUGAAGAUAUCUUUGUGGAUGAAAUAUCUAAGAACAGAAAUGAUGCAAAAGAUAGUGAAAUUGAAAGGCAGCGAGCUAUUAAUCAACAUAAGAAAAUCGAAAAAUCAUUGGAUGGUUGCGAAUAUUGCAUUGAUUCUAAAAAUAUGUUGAAACACCUCAUGGUUAGCUGUGGUGAUAAAGUAUAUUUAGCUGUACCAGCACGACAGUCUCUUACCAAAAAUCAAUGUAUUAUAUCUACAAUACACCAUUCUAUGUGUGUUACUGCUUUAGAUGAAGAUGUUUGGGAAGAGAUAUUGAUAUACCGUAAAGCUCUUACACAAUUCUUUAACUCAAAUAAUAUGGAUGUGGUAUUUUAUGAAACAGCUUCAAAAUUAAAUAGAUACCCACAUAUAGUGAUAAAUUGUGUACCAAUGCCAAGGGAUGUUGGUGAUAUGGCUUCUAUAUACUUUAAGAAAGCGCUAUUAGAAUGCGAGUCUGAGUGGUCAAUGAACAAAAAAGUUGUAGAAUUGAAAGGAAAAAAUAUAAGAAAAGGAGUACCAAAGGGCUUGCCAUAUUUCUGGAUAGAUUUUGGAAUGGACCCUGGAUUUGCACAUGUUAUUGAAGAUCACAGAUUAUUUCCAAAAUAUUUUGCUGAGGAAAUAAUAGCAGGUAUAUUGGAUCUGGAUCACAAUCUAUGGAAAAACCCAAGAAGAGAAAACAGUAAAGAACAAAGACAAAGAGCCUUGGAUUUCAUUAAAGAAUGGAAGCCAUUUGAUCCUGUAAAGAAUAAGUAACACCUUGGUUAAGAUAUAUCAAUAAAAUGGUUUAUUUGU